UAGUUAGAAAGUGAUUUUUGCCUGCGAUUCACAUGUCACUUAAAUCUUUCGUUUGAAUUUCCCAUUUCCUCAUUUAUUUUGCAUUUUCCGGCAGCCAUUCUAUCAAAAUUCACACCCACGAUGUCCGGCAAACUUUUCAAUGCCACCGUAUGUUGUGGUAAUCUUAAGAUCCUUUGCUCAUUGGAAGGGGCCACAAGGCCGCUCUAUAACACCUGGCGGCGUGGCAAGCAUUGGAGGUUCUCGUUCAGUCAUCCAAUCUCCAAAAUUCGGCGCAGUAUUUUUGCGGACUCUACAGAAAACCCCAUUCAAAAGGAUCUGCACUAUAAGUUCAGAAAAAACGAGGUGAAUUUCCAUCAAGGAUUUUAUACAAUAAGGCAUUUUGGAAGCUCACCAAAUGAUGGAAAUUCUGGUGAUCCUCCCGACACGGAUAUGCUGGUGGAAAGCCGCGAGGGAAAGGGCAUACGGUUUCCCGUGGGAUCACGUUCAGAGAAACCUCAAACAGGAAAAGUUGAAACUCCGGUGGAUCCUCAAGUUCCCAAAGCUCUUGAUAAAUCCUCCAAAGAUGGAUUGGAUGAGCUGGGAUUUGGGGACAAGUUGGAUAAAGGAAACUGGGACACCAAAGAAACCAUGGAUGAAGUUACCGGGAGUUUAGGCUCUGGCCAAGAUAAUGACAAGAUAUCGAAUGAUGUUAUCGGAAGGAAGUCAAGUCCACCGGAAGCAAGCAAGAGCACUGGCGAUAAGUCUUCUGGCGGCAAACCCCCAGGAGAUAAUUCCUCUGAAGGGAAAGACCCUGCCGUAGUACCUACCAAGCCACCUAGUGUACCUAUACUGCCUCCAAGGUCUGCCGGUUUUUCUCACCAGCCACCCACGGGACCCACGCCACCUGCAGGACCUGCAGGACCAUCACCAUCGAGUCCUACGCCUACGAAAAUACCCACCAACAAAGCUCCCACUAAACAGCCACCGGCACCUCCUAGUAAAUCUAGAACAGGUUCUCCUCCGAGUAAGCCACCAACGGGAAAUAAGCCUCCUCCGAAAGGACCUCCUCCUGGAAAGCCACCAAAGGGAAAAACACCUCCAAAAGGGACACCUCCUCCCAAAGGACCUCCUCGUGGUAAGCCACCACAAGGAAAAACUCCUCCUCCGAAAGGACCUCCUCCUGGUAAGCCACCACAAGGAAAAACUCCUCCUCCAAAAGGACCUCCUCCUGGUAAACCACCAACAGGAAAGACGCCACCUCCGAAAGGACCUCCUCCUGGUAAGCCACCAACAGGAAAGACGCCUCCUUCAAAAGGACCUCCUCCUGGUAAGCCACCAACAGGAAGUACGCCACCUGGGAAAGGAGGAGCAGGAGACAAAUCUUCCGGAGGACAGAGCUCUGAUCAAAAGCGUGUCAUUACGCUGAUGCCCGGUGAUGGCAUCGGUCCGGAGAUCUCGAUGGCCGUCAUCCAGGUACUGGAGGCCGCCGGUGCGCCGUUGAUCUUCGAGCCCGUGGACGUUACGCCGGUGAUGAAUAAGCAGGGCCAGACUACGGUGCCCGAGGAGGUGAUCGAGAGCAUGAACCGGACCAAGGUGGGCCUGAAGGGUCCCCUGAUGACCCCGGUGGGCACUGGCUUCCGCUCCCUGAACCUCACGCUGCGCCAGCUGUUCAAUCUGUAUGCCAACGUCCGGCCCUGCCGAUCACUGCCCGGCGCCGAGACGGUCUACGGUGGGGUGGACAUCGUCACCAUUCGCGAGAACACCGAGGGCGAGUACUCGGGCAUCGAGCACACCCUGGUCAACGGGGUGGUGCAGAGCAUCAAGCUGAUCACCCGGGCGGCCUCGCUCCGCGUGGCCGAGUACGCCUUCCAGUACGCGUUGGCCAUGAAGCGCAAGAAGGUGACCGUGGUGGCCGAGAAGCACGUCAUGCGGAUGUCCGACGGCCUCUUUCUGCGCUGUGUCCACGAAAUGGCCGCCAAGUACAAGAGCAAGCUGGACGAGGCGGGCAUCGUGUUCGAGGAGACCAAUAUGACCACCUUGUGCCUAAACAUUGUCAUCAACCCCAACAAGUAUGACAUGCUGGUGCUGCCCAACCUGUACGGGGACAUUAUCUCGGACACAUGUGCCGGGCUGAUUGGCGGACUGGGACUGACGCCAUCCGGCAAUGUGGGCGAGCACGGCGCCAUCUUCGAGUCGGUGCACGGCACCGCUCCGGACAUCGCCGGCAAGGACAUAGCCAAUCCCACGGCUCUGCUGCUCUCCUCCGUCAUGAUGCUGCACUACAUCGGGAUGCACGAGCAGGCGGACAAGAUCGAGCAGGCGAUCCUGAAGACCAUCAGGGACGACAACGUCCGCACCAUUGACCUGGGCGGCAAGGCCAAAUGCUCAGAGUUUACCAAUGCCUUGAUCAAGAAUCUUAAAUGAUCUCUGGGCCCUCUGAAGGGAUAUAAAUUAUUGUUGUCUGCGAUGUGAAGCUCCAUGAACAAGUAUUAUUAAUUUGUUUUUAUUAUUAAUUUCUUUUAACUUGUUAACUCGGAUGCUAUUAGAUAUAUGAAAGGCAUAUUACCAAUAAUAAUACCCAGCUUCAAAUCAA